CGCGAAAAACUGCCAUUUUCGCCAUAAACGCAAGGAAAAUUGUUUGGCGCUCCUUAUUUUUCCGCUCUCACUUCACAUUCUCAUCAGCACGGUUAUCUGGCGUUUUUUCGUUGUUGUUUCUGGUGAAAAUUCCCAUGGAAAGUUUUGUGUUGUUGGUGGACAGACCUCGAACUUGAACUGCUGCUGGUUAUUGGCGGCGGAGGGCGAACAAAAAUCAACAUAAGUGAUGUAAAUGUAAACAUCUAACCGUUACUAUUUUCUAUUCGGUAAAGGUGAAAAAUCAAUACGGUUGGUCUCUCACCCCGGGCUUUCGCGGAAGGGUUCCCGUGUCAAAAAGAAGUCUUGAAAAAUGACUUCUGAAAGUGUCUACCAACUGGUCGGCUCCCUAGUGGGUGCCCUCGGGCAGGAAUGCCGUUACCAGAAGAAGCCAUCGAUCAGCAAGAAGAAAAAAUGCAAAUCGUUGGCCUUCGGUAUUCUGCUCGGAAAAAGGGCUGCACCGGAUGUGGGUGGUUCGAGAAAAGGAGGAGUGAAAAAGUCUACUAGAAAGCUUCCAGAAUUGGCGAUGAACGAUGAUGACGUGCAGAAGACAAGACGGUUAGAGCUGGAACAGCAAUUAAUCCGGGAGGAACCGCUCGAAAUGAUGCACUGCCAUCUGUUCGAAAUGCAACUGCGUGCCAGAUACCAGUUCCAGAAACGACGUUGCGAAAGGUUCGAUCGGGUUCUGGACGAGCUUGAUCAAGGCGGGCCGGAUACACUGGCGGAACCGGAAACGGCAAUCCUUCAAUUUUUGCUGAUGUUGCGCGAUUCCGUGGCCGAUGCAAAGGAGCUACAAGAUGGGGAAUCAACCUUAGCCGGCGAUCUAAUGCCAUCGACCCACCUUGGUCCGUAUCCUAUUUUCCGUCACGACGAUUUAUCCUCCGACACGAAAAAACUGAACGCGUACUACAAUGAGCGAGCAAACAACCCGUACUGUCUCCAGUCAACGGGAUCAGUGUUUUCCGAAACGGUGUCCUCCUUGUUGCGGAUCAGCACAGAGGAGGAGGUAGCCCAUGAGCGGCAGGAAACGGUACUGCCACCAAUCGAAAGCACUUCGUACUUUAGCGAUCCGAUGGCGGAAUUGGUCAGCUAUCAGGGUCCAUUCCGGUACAAUAUGAUGAGGGGAGGCCCACCCGGUAUCGAGGAUGACGAACAACUGCUGACUAGCUUCGAGGUUAUCCCGGGUGACGAGUUGAGCGGAUUUCGAGGCGAACCAGCAGCGAGCGGCGUUUGUCUGCCCAGGGAACAGGUGUUUAACUUCAACUGGGAAAGUUUGGGAAACACAGUUGUCCCGGUCGAAACUCCGUUUGCAUCGGAGUCCAAUUCGGUGCUGCACAUGAAACGUGUUGGCAUGCGCCGGUCCAAAGAGCUGCUCGAUAUACGAAUCGUUCGAAAUGAAGACUUCCUUGGUGACCUAAAGUUCCUGCUGACGGGUAUCGGCUCUCGGUGCUUCCAGUACGACGAUCACAACCGCUUCAAAAUGCUGGCUAAUUUCACCGUGGACGGAGUCUCGCCGCUUACCAUGAAAUCCGUAACCGAUCAAUUUGUUGAACUAGGCACCUGUUUCCGGCGUUUGCAAAAAAUGACCAAGAAAAACCCCUACAACCAUGCGAUGCUCCUGGAAGGUUGCGUAUUCAAGGCAUUUUGCGAUUGCGUCGAGCGAAUUCUGAGUUGCUUUCGAAUCGUGGUUAAUUGCUACGAAGGUUGCUCGAUGCUGCAGCUGCAACGCAAAAUCGAACCGAUGCGCAAACAGAUUCUAAUACUGGCCAAGUUUUGUGGCGUCCAUCCCCAGCACGAAAGUGACAAAGAUUUCCCAAUCGGGUCGCUAUUUCUGGAUCAGCUGUACAAGGAAAUUAUCUACAUCACGGAUUCGGAGGUGUCGACCUUUUUGCUGCACAUCCUGAAGCACUGUAGCCACGCGUACUUCCUGCUGUUCCAGCAGUGGCUCUUCGGGGGAUUGCUGCGUGAUCCCAGUGGGGAGCUGUUCAUCUACUUUGUCAACCAGUAUCGGCCGAAGACGAAGCACUUCUUUGAUCGGGCGUUCCUCAUCCGGCGGCAAGCAGUGCCGGGCUUCCUGAGGGGUUACGAGGAGGACAUUCUGCUGUGCGGGAAGUACACGAUGUUGCUAAAGGCGUUUCGCCCCACGCAUCCGAUAUUCUCGCUAAAGAUCCCGAAGAUGGAGGUGUGCCUGUCGUAUCGACAGGUGGACCAGCUCAAGAGCCGCUGGCUGCAGUACGUGCGACGGGCGCGGGACAUCUGCGGUGCCCCCGUUUCGGUGCGUGAGCUGUACGAGGGAAAGGCCCGCGAACGGGAGCAGUUCCUCCGGUUGGUGGAGGAAAACUUUCGCCGAAGCAUGGAACAGUGGCGCCAGGAUCAGGAUGCCGCAGCCCUAGAUCGUCGUCGCCGCAAGGAACGGCACCGGGAGGAAUUGCUCGAACAGCUGCGGGAGGUGCAGGAAAGCAAGCUGGCCGCCAAGAAGGUCGAGCUGGAGCUAGAGCAACAGUAUCGGCAGGAUGCGUUGGAGUUCGAGAACCGACAGCUGCUGGCCGAGAAUGUGGAACGGGAGCGUUUGGUCGAAGGAUACCGGGAGUUGAAUCGAAUGAUGGAUGAAAAGGUGGCCAGGGUGGAGGCCGUUGUAGAUCACUUGAAGGUAGAAUUGGCUGGGGGAGGAGGAGGUGAGAGUAGCGAGAAUGACUUUGAAUCGUGCUUGGACAGCAGCACAACGGAAGAUGAAGAUAAGUCGGUUUAUGAAGAUGCUCAAAAGAGCCCAUUGAGUGAUAGGAAGGAAUUGACGCCGGAUGAGAGAUCGAGUGGCGAAGAGGAUGAAACUGUUAUGGAGAAUGACAAGAGAAACAUGAAUGAUGUAAUCAGUCAGAGCGAGAAAAACAAGGCAAAGAUUCUGGGAUCCAAUCUAGGAACAUUGUUGAAGGAAGAUCGCGAGAACGCCAAUGUCGAAGCGAUUAAGCAAACGGCCGAUGCUGGGAUACGGGAAUUGACUGAAGCGCAAAAGAACAAGAAAAAGAUACUGACACAAGAGUUCGGAUUGGUGGAGUCGGAGAUGCUGCAAACAGUUGACGUCAAUAGUAAUCAGGCCGAUGAGGAACGACAUCGGAACCGACAGAGAAUACUGAUUAGUGACUUCGUCAGCCGAGACGAUCAUAACAGCAAACCGGGAACUGCCCAGGAGUGUGAUCGAGUACUGAGCGAGUUGGAGAAAAAUCGGAUGAAAAUCAUGAGUCAGGAAUAUAACGUAGUGGUAGAUGAUCACGAAAAGCGAUCGAGGCAUGAACAGCAACCCCGCGAAGUUCUGAAUCUGGAUCUUGAAAAUGAAUCCGAUCGAGCUAGGAAUCGGCGCAAGAUUUUGGAAAGCGAAUUCAAUAUCAUAACGGGUGUUCAGAAUUGCGCAGGGACUCCAAUGUCGAUUGACAGUGACACGAUUAGUGAGGAUAUACAGUUGCCGGUCAUAAUGAUCACGAACGACGAUGUUGCCCAGGAUAUCAACGCCAAUCCGGUCUGUGGCGGAGGCAGAUUGAAGCUGGACACCAGUGCAGCACAAGAGAAGUUUAAUGAAAGUCGAUUCGGAGUACCGGAUACGGCAUUGCUGGCUCAGGAAACUCCCGAAAGUGGAUUGAAUACAGCCGGGCUGAAUUCGAAAGAAGGUUUUGAGUUUCCAGCUGUUCGUAAUAGUUGCUCUGUGUUAGAACUUAGUUCGGAAGCCGAUUACGAAGAAGAUGAGAUCUACAAAGAGUUUAUGGCUGCCAUGAAGAAACGUGAUACCAGUCUAUGUGAGCUGGCUUGCAUAAAAGAUGAGAUCGGGAGUAUCACUGAGCUUCAGGAGAUGGAUAGCGAACUUCGAAGCGUAGAUGUGCUGACGGUGACUAAAUUUUUGCAAAGUUCACUGGUGAUUCCACUCAAGGCUCACAUGGAAAUCAUCAACAGUGAAAUUAUGAAAAUGUGUUUGAACGAUCUGGAUAUCCUUGGACAUUUUGAAAGUUUGCGCAACUAUUUCCUGCUGAUGGAUGGUGAAUUUUCAUGUUAUGUUUGCGAUAAUGUAUUCAAAAAGUUGGAAAUUGUUCGGCACCCCGAUGAACUGCUAAAUUAUCAAACACUUCACACAAUCUUGGAUUCGGCGCUCUGUUCAAGUGCAGCUGGUUCUGACCAUAAUGCUGAGCGUUUGUCAUUUGACGUUGAACAAAUUCCGGAAAAGUUUGACCUCUACCACCCGAAUGCACUCAGCAUGCUUAACUUGAGCUACCGUGUCGAGUGGCCUUUGAAUCUGAUCCUCAACCCGGAAACUCUCGAACAGUACGCUAAUAUUUUCCGCUAUCUGCUCAAGGUUCGUCGGAUUAGUUUCGUGCUCGGGAAAUCUUUCCAGUUGCUAAAAGAAUCCCACAAACAGUAUGGCAAACGAUUCCUUACUUCUCCACAGUAUAGCCGAGUUCAAUUGAUCUGUCACAAAUUAUCUCACCUUAUCAAUGCUCUCAAGAACUACAUUACAAACAGCGCACUGCAAGCGUCUUGGGAAACGUUCCGUAAAGAUCUCGAGUCGGCUGAAUCCAUGGAGGAACUCUACCGCAAACACACCAAUUACAUCAAGCGCAUUCUGUUCCUCUGUCUCUUGAACAAAAAAAGUGUCGAAUUCUACAACAAUAUGGAGGAAAUCUUCCGCGUGAUCUUACGUUUCUACAAACAUCUCAAAUCUAAAGCCUGGCGCCCGCAGGACAAGACCAACCCAGCAAGUCCGUUUGUUCACCCUAAAUUCCCGGCCAUCCUCACCGACGAGGAAGAUUUCGAGAAGCUGAUCAAAUACACAAUAUACCUGGGAAACAAAAUGUACGACCGGGGCUACCAAAAAGAAAUCCACGAGUUCAUCAGCGUCAUCAACAUCAACGACUACUACAGUCAACCACCGAUGGUGGAACAAACUUCCACAUAGGUAACUACAAGUUCCUUCCAGUUCUUCCGUUCUCAACAAUAUUCGUUGUUCAUUGUUGUUGUAAGAUUCCUUUCGUUGAGUACCUACUAUUGAGGGUUUCGUCCGGUUAUUGUUCUGUGUCCCACUUGAAAGUGGGGAAAAGUAGUUGAUCGUUUUGAGUUCGAUUUACUAAAUACUUUAUCCAGUGGCCAUUUGAAAACUAUGAGAUUAGGGAAAAAACGUGAACCAGUGAGUCAAGUGUGUGGACUUUGGUAAGUUGGAAUAACCACACCGGGGUGUGUUGAAAGUUGAAACAGGAUCCCGCAUACUAAAAAACUAUAUCUCAAACAGUAUUUACGGUACACCAACGGCUUCAGAAAAAGUGAUUAUCUCUGUAAACGUAGCUAUUAUAUUGAACUUUAGAUCGACAACGAUAAGAACGAAACAUGAACGUUCAUGUGGAAAAGUGACGGUAUCUGGUACGGUGGAUAAAUAAUAUGAACGAUUUACUUCAAUUUUUCAAUAAUGUAAAAAUGAUCUCGAACCGUUAACCAUAGCGUCUAUGACUUACGUCAAAAAUUGGCCGAAACGCGGAUCAGAGCUGCCAGGUGACUUUGCAAAAAAUCAGCAUACAUUUAUGAAAAUCUAUUAUAUAAAAUUCUCUUGUAACGGUGUUUGUAGUACUACUCCUCCGGAAUGGCCGAAACGAUUCGAAUGAAAUUAUUUUUAGAAUAUUCUGUAGCCAUGCGAAUCGGUUUAUAUAGAAUAAAAACAACACAAAGUCGCAUCAAUUGUCCGUAAUAAUUAAAUUUGUAGUUUUUUGAAUGAAAUAAAAGUCAUGACUUCCAUUUUUUCGAGAUUUUUUUUUCCUUUGGGCGCCGGCUGGGCGGUUUGUUUUUCGUCUCUAUGGUCGAGGCGUCGCGAGCAAACGUCGAAAGAGGGUAGUAACCAUGGCAUAGCAUACUGAUCAGUGAGAAUAUUUUGGCGCGUAUUUCUCAACCAAGCAUAUUUUCAAUGCAAGUGGUGGCGAUAUGAAGCCCUGAUGUGAUUUUUUUUUCCUUCUUGAUUCCUAGCUCAUUUCUACAGCACAUGGUUAUGAAUGACGCCUAGAUGUGACUCAGAUUGACAUUUUGCCGAUCGAUUACAACAAAUAAAUUUUGUUUUGCCAAAAUCUAAAAUUGAAAAGUCAGGCAUCCAUUUUUUGAAAUUUUCUUUUCUUUGAGGGGUUUGUUUUUCGUCUCCAUGAGCGAGGCGUCGCUAUCAAAUGUCGUUGCAAAAUAAUAGUGACCAAAGCAUACUGUUUAUUGAUCGUUGGAGAAAUUUAAAAAUUAGGCGUCUGUUUCUCAACCAAGUACCUAUAUUUCUUACGCACGUGGGGGCGAUAUGCAACCUAGAUGUGUUUUUUUUUCCUUGCUUAUUUGUACACAGCACAAGGUUAUAAAUGACGCCUAGAGAUGUGGAUUGAUAUUUUAUCGAUCGAAUCAAAACCAUGUAAACGAUUUCAAAUAUUAAAACCAUUUUUAAUUCGUGUUAAUUUAAGAAGUAAAUUGUUGUCCAAAAAAUAUGAAUUUGGUAAUGGUAAAUAUAAAAUAAUGACUCUUUGCGGACGUUUGAAAAUAAGAAAUUGGGAAGCUUUACAUUCAAUUUCGUAUAAUCCAAUACGUCUAGAACGCUAGACACAUUAACUUAACAAGAGUCUGUCCUUUGAAAUAGAUUAGAUAGGAUGGAAGUUUUUAAAGGCAGAAUGAACUUUUUGAUUUUUUGCAAACGUAGGUUGAAGUUAUCAAUAAAAUAAUCUACUUUUCAAUAACAAAAACUUCAAUAACAAUAACUUAAUGUGAACUCGAACAAGCCAUAAUAAAUCUACUAAAUGGAAUACAGCAAAUGAAAGAUAAAUAUUAUCAACAUACAGUUAUUUAUGGAACAAGUUACAAAAAUUGGAUUUUAAAAGACCCGAUGAGUUAAAAUUCUUAGGUUUAAUUUUGAUAGAAUCAAGCGGGACGAUUCGAGUAAAGGAAAAGAAGAGAAAUGUAAAGAAAACUAGGAAAAAUGGAAAAUGGACGCCAAGUUGAACAUGGUAAGACGAAGUUUACCGGGUCUGCUAGUAUCUAUAUAAAACAUUUUCAUUAAAUUAAGAAUAUUAAUACCAAGCAGCAUUCAAGUUCAAAACGGCCCAAUGAAUCCAAAUUUUUAAGUUUUCUUUAGAAAUCCUGCAAAUCAUUUUUUUUUUAAAUUUGGUUCAGCUGACUAAACGUACCUUUGUUGGCCUCCAGUUUACAACUAAAAACACCACUGAUACAUAUGAGUCAAAGAUUAUCAUCGGUUGAAGUUAAACUAUUUUAUAAUUGAUUUUUUUUCCAUGUCAUCAUCAUUUAAAUAUAAAUUCAGCUAUAAUUUAAAUAUUUUUAUGAAAACCAGGACAUUUUACAGACCAUUUUUCCAAAAUCAGCACAACUCAAGCGUUUUUGAAAAAUCAGGACGGUCUUUUAAAAAUCAGGACAAAUCCUGAAAAAUCAGGACACCUGGCACCUCUGACCGAAACGCGUGUCAAGGAACAAGAAAAUUUCAAGAAGAAGAAUAAUGAAAUAAUUUUCCUCAUCCGAACCAGACGCUUUUUCUUCCAAAAUUUUGGAUUUCUUCCGAAUCUAUUUGGAAGUGCAGCAUAACGGACCAUAAAAUCAAGGUACGAACAAUGUCAGAUGAUGAAACACUCAAGGCAACUCCAGCUUCUUCGAAGAGAAAUAGAAUGGUUCUAGCCGAACUACCAUCGUUUGCCGAUCCUUCCGAGCACCAUGCAGGUGCCGGAGGUUGUUCCGGAAACUCUGAACGGCAUUUCGUUAUGGAGCACAUCAUAUAUUCCCGGCUCAAAUUUCUUCAGACAUGAACGGUGUGGUCAGUUAGUGCUGAACAGGUUCGGCUUUCACCAAGAAAGGCAAUAAAAUAAUAAGAAAAUGUAAGUUAAUUUGCAAUAAAAUUUAUAAUGUUUGAAGUGAUAAUUUGAAUUUUAAUAAAAAAUAAUUCGAAAUUUCCAUUGAACUGUCAACAUAUUAUGUAUGUGUGCGUGUUGCAUUCACAAACGUUUCCAUAAAUCAUUUGCUUAGCGUUGGAAGAACGUAAUGUAGAAUCGUUACAAAACUUUUACCUAAAAAGUUAAGCUACGAGGUUCCUGUAAUAAAACUGUAACAAUGAUCGUUUCAUCCUCAGAAAACGUUUUCUCAAACAAUUUUUGAACCUUUAGCAAACUGUUUGUAGAACAGUCCUCCCAUACAACGGCUUUAACAGUUUUAAACAGUUACAUAACCUAACAACAUAUUAAAAAUACAAUCAAUUCAGAAUUCACGAUUCAAGCUUUGUAUUUUACAAUUCGUAAAAUCGUUUGCCAAACGUUAUUUUACGCUUAAUAAAACCGUCGUUAGACGUUUUAAGCAAUCGUUUGGUUACAAUCCACAUUUAUGCGGGAUGCCACUUCGUUGUUUUUUUCAAUAACUUUCGAUUGUUGUGUUAAAACUUAUUCCUAUGUUUAUGGUUCAGAACCAUUUGAUACUGUACUAAAUAAGCGCGCAAUCAAAACCUCUCAAGCUCUCUAUAUCAUAUCGAUGGCUUAAACAAAGCACAUAAAAAAAGAUCUGUGUCAUUACACUGUUGUACCUAGCUAAACUUUUGUUCUAAUACAAAUUA